CAAUAUUCCGCUUCCGGUUUUCGCAAUGUCACACAGGCUGUGUUGAGUGAACACGCUAUAAAAAAAUACUACCAGCAUUAUUUGAGUGGGAAAAAAAUAAUUUUCGUGCUUGGCAUUGUGUGUAACACUCACACUUGUAUGUCCACCCGCGGAAGUCGCUCAUGCGCGGCUACUGAGUCACCACCGGCAGGCCUCCUCUCACCGACUGAGCAUCGCUCCUGGAGCCGCGUUGGGGUGUGCCAAACUCGGCCACGGAGGCAGCAUGGGUCCGGCCCCUCGCUAGCUUCGGUGGUGGAUGACUAGCAGCUGCACUGCACUGUCAUGAAGCAACAUCCAGCUUGAAUGUUACCGCGCCUCAACUUUUGUUGUCACAAUGAACGGCACUCUGCAGAGUGACGCCAAAAGACAGAACCUCCUGGAGAGGCUGUUAGAUGCUGUCAAACAAUGCCAAAUCCGUUUUGGAGGAAGGAAAGAAAUUGCAACAGACUCAGACAGCAGGGUGAUUUGUCUUUGCGCCCAGCUUGAAGCCGUGCUGCAGCAUGGCUUGAGAAAGAGCAGAGGUCUUGCCCUCACCGCCGCCGCCAUCAAGCAGGCUGCUGGCUUUAGCAGCAAGGCGGAAACAGAGUUCACCUUCUGGUUCUACGUGAAGGAGCAUCUGAACAGGCACGAGCUCCAGCGCUUCUACUCACUCCGUCAUAUCACCUCCGAGCUCGGCAGGGGUCGCGCCUGGCUGCGCUGCGCACUUAACGAGCACUCAUUGGAGCGAUACCUGCACACGCUGCUGUCUGACCAACUGCGCCUCGGUACUUACUAUGAAGAAUGGGCUUUUAUGCUUGAUGAAGAGAGGGCCAGCAUGCUUCCCACCAUGGCUGCAGGUUUGAACUCUAUCCUGUUUGCCAUCAACAUCGACAACAACGACUUGAACGGAGGACCGACAAGAGUAGGCGCCUCCUCCGUCACGCACCUUCUCAAGGAGUCCACGCAGGGUAUUGGCAGCCUGUGGAAGGAGUCCACACAAGGGGUUAGCAGCCUGCUUCGAGAGAUCAGCACCGCCACUGCCGUGGUUCCGGGGUUUAGUCCCAGAGUGGACGGACCCUCUGACCCACUGCCUGUCCUGCCGCGAAGCACCUCGGCUGAUUCAGGCCUGAGGAGGGAGCGGCGGAGAAAGAAGAAGAUCACAAACAUCAUUUCCUUCGAUGAUGACCUGGAUGGAGGGGCUGAGGAUGAAGAGGAGGGUGAGGAGGACUUCCAGAAAAAUGUAGGGAUGAUGAUUAAGAGGCAAACAAGUCCUGUUCAGAGCAGCGUGGAGGAAGGGAUAGAUCUCCUUGAGCCGUCCUCUGGUUCUCCUUCUCAAAACGGGCUGGCCGACCCAGGUUCAUUGAGUUGGGUGGGGUCACCCCAUCCUUCUCGUAUGCCACACAUGCCAGACUGUAAGAAUAUAGAUAACGAGGAGGAAGAGGAAGAAGAGGACGCGGAAGAGGAGAAGUACGAACCUAGAGCACACAUCCAUGAAGAAAAGCGGAACAAUGACCAGAUGGUGGUGGGAAGUCUGCUCAGCGUGUCCACGUGGAGCCCCGUGCAGGGGCUGACGGACCACAGCAGCGCGGACAUCCUUAUCCCCCUCAACUCUGCAACCCCCCAGCCAGUCAACUCAGUAGAGGACUCGGCGGCCUUUCCUGCUCAGUGUGAGUCAACUGCACCUGUGGAGAACUCUGAUAGCCUAAGAUCACUUCUACCGCCAAAUAUGGAGUCCAGUGCUUUGGCGCUGUCUGUUCCACUCAGCACCAGGCUGCCAGCAUCUGAUCUGCCAGAGUCCAUGACAGUCGUGGAGCUGCGUCAGGCCAUUGUUGCCAUGAUGAACAGGAAAGACGAGCUGGAGGAACAGAGUGGGUCUCUUCGCAGUCUUCUGGAUGGGGAAAUGGAGCAUUCAGCCUGUCUGAGGCAGGAAAUCGAGCUGCUGAAGAAGAAGCUGGCUGAGCUGGAAGAGAGACACACGGCUAAGGUCCAGGCACUGGCCAGGGAGAAUGAGGUCCUGAAGGUCCAGUUGAAGAAGUAUGUGGGGGCGGUGCAGAUGCUGAAGAGAGAGGGGAGCCAGGGCAAUGACGUUCUGUCAGUAGUGCAGUUGAGUGAGGAACACACACUUGUCCCUCAGAGUAAGUGCAUGGGUGACAUUGAGGAAUUGGCAGCCUGCUAUGAACGUAAGCUCAUAGAGGUGGCCGAGAUGCACGGAGAGUUGAUCGAGUUUAAUGAACGUCUAUAUCGCACCCUAAUGGCUAAAGACCACCUCAUCGUGCAGAUGAGACAGGAACUUAUUGAGCUGAGAGGUCCGGUUCCAGGUGAUUUAAGCCAGACAUCAGACGACCCCAGCCUCUCUGAUUUUGAAACGGCUCAUCGGGCACUCAUCAACGUGUGGAUCCCUUCUGUGUUCCUGCAGGGCCGAGCCGCUAAUGCCUACCACGUCUAUCAGGUUUAUAUCCGCAUCCUGGAUAACGAGUGGAACGUGUACAGACGGUACACCGAGUUUAGGGAGCUUCACAACCGCCUGAGGUCCCAGUUUCCACAGGUGGACACAUUCAGCUUCCCACCAAAGAAAGCCAUUGGGAACAAGGAAGCCAAGUUUGUGGAGGAGAGAAGGAAGCAGCUGCAGGGUUACCUUCGUAUAGUCAUGAAUAAACUGAUCCAGACGCUGCCAGAGUUUACGGCCCGCCCCACAAAGGAGACCCUGCUGACUUUGCUGCCUUUCUGUCUGGACACACCUCAGAACAACGAGGGCGGAGCCAAGACGCCCCGGUCCAAAACACCAUCCCGCUUCCCGAGACUGGGUCGCGGCCCCCACCAGGAAGCCAGACCUGAACCACAGAGUGGUGACCUUUAACCCUCUUCUUUUCUUGUUACAUUAGCAUCGUGAACGAUGCUGUGGACACCUGAUUUUGAGAGCAUCUAACGGAACCUUGCUCUUAGCCAAAGAGAGAUGGGAGAAUAUUUCCAGGUUCCUGAUGCCGGAUUGGAAGACGAGGCUGGACCAAAUCGCACAGCACCUCUUACCUCACUGAGACAGGACUGCCACUAUAAGAUGCAGGUUUUUAUUUCUGACUAUGCUCAUUUUUGGAGUGCCGACAGUGUUUAUUAUUGUAUAUUACUGAUAGAGGGCGUCACGGUGCCAUAACUUAUUAAUCAUCUCUGGUGUGGACCACCAGGUAAUGUAGCCUCUUUCUGGUUCCUAUUUGGUUGUACAAAUGUCCAAACACCUUCAUGCUGAAAGAUUAGGGAGCAACGCCACUUAUAUAAGAAAAAAUGUGGGAGAAUGAUUUCACAUUCAUCAGUGUUUUGCUUGUUUUACUCCACACCACAUCAUGUAAUAACAAAUUCAUGUUUAACCAUGAUUUUAAUGUUUCUUAGCGAGAUUGAAUGCAAAUGAAUGUUCUUAACGAAGACUAACCACUCGAAAAGAAGCGCCGCUGCUCGUUAAGAGUGCAAGGAGAGCCCCGGCGAGCCCCAACAGAAGCUCAUGCAUAUGCAGAGCUGGCCCCAAGAGGAUCCCCCAAACUAUGGAUUAACAAGGACCCCGUUGCGUUCCAGGGAUAUUCCGGGAAACCCGAGCCAAAGUGUUACCUAAGGUGAAACGCUUCUUCCCUUACUGAGAAGAAUUAAAUACAAUGAUAAGGUGAUUUAUGCAUAUUAAAUGUUCUUCUUUGAAUUGGUUGCUUAAUUAAACAAAAUCCUGUUGAA